AUGGCCCGCAUGUGCUUCCGCACGCUGGUGCAAAGCCCGGCGUCUGGGGAUUCAGUCCUCAGACCCAGAAAAACAGAUGUCCUUGCUUUCAGAUUCUGCCAGUUUCCACAAGAAAUUGUUCUUCAGAUGGUGGAGAGGUGCCGCGUAAGGAAGCUGCAGCUCCUCGUGCACCAGUACAUGAUCUCAAGUAAAAUCGAGUUCUACAUCAGCGAAAGCUUGCCUGAGUACUUCGUGCCGUACCAAGCAGAGCGCUUUCGCAGGCUGGGGUAUGUGUCCCUCUGUGACAAUGAAAAGACAGGCUGCAAAGCUCGGGAACUCAAGUCGGUGUAUGUGGACGCUGUCGGGCAAUUUCUGAAGCUGAUCUUUCACCAGAACCAUAUCAAUAAGUACAACAUCUAUAACCAGGUGAGAGCGGCAUAGCUGGCCCAACGCGGU